UCACAACGACCUAACUACAGAGAUAUGAUCCCUCUCUGUGUGAUCCGCUCGGCCAUGUUGUCGGCUCUCGCAACGUGGCGGCGAGCGUGCACACGUGCUUCUCUCUUCUGCAAGGUCUCUUUGUCAUGUCGCAGCCCGAAAAUCCCACAUUGAAGGAGGUUGAGGACCUGACUAAUGGCAUUUGCGCGGAAUAUGAGCCCACUGUCAUCAGGCUUGAGGCUACCCUCACAGAACUCUUGAAGAAUCAAGAGGUAGUGAUAGACUCUCUGGAGGAGGAAAACCGUCGAUUCACUGAGGUGGAAUUAGAAAGCCAGCAGCUUGAGGCCAUGGUCAGAAACCAUACCCUAUCUUAUGAGGACCUGACUAAUGGCAUUUGCGCGGAAUAUGAGCCCACUGUCAUCAGGCUUGAGGCUACCCUCACAGAACUCUUGAAGAAUCAAGAGGUAGUGAUAGACUCUCUGGAGGAGGAAAACCGUCGAUUCACUGAGGUGGAAUUAGAAAGCCAGCAGCUUGAGGCCAUGGUCGAGAAGACGAAAUUCUACAUAGCCAAGCUAAGCACCAUCAAGAAAGACAUGGUGAGCCUCCAGGAUCGAGCAAGUCGGCUCAGAAAGCGGGCGGUGAAGUUGCAGGGGGCCAAGCAGAAAGAAGCUCAGCAGAAGGAGAAGGAAGCGGAGAGAGAACGCAUGCUUCUGGCCAAGAUGACCCGCAGCACUUCCGGAAAACUCUCCGAGGACCAGGGAACUUGACAAGAUGAUCCACGAGGGCAUGAGGAGUGCCUCGUCUGUGAUACUAUGGUGUGCUUCUGUGACCUCAUGCUAUGACUUCCAUUGUGUCAAUGUUAGUGCCAUUCCCAUCAUAUGCUUUAAUAACUGUAUUAAUCUUGUGAUUUUUGUAAUGUAUGAUCAUGCAUCUAAGAAUGGUUCAUUUUCAG